ACUUGUUAGAAUGAAAUCAGGCGAUGAUUCUUCUUCUCUGCAGGCUCGUGCUUUGCGGCAGUCUGCUAAUCUGUACAAAUAAAAUGCCUCGUAUUUUUGGGAGCGUUGUAUAAUCAGUCGGGAAACCUCAGAUCAAGCGGAUAUUUGGCUUUGAUGAAGUUUAACCUUCCGAAGAAGUAAUGGAGCUCUUGGAUUAUUAAAUGCAGCAGUUUUGUGGCAGACAGCGACCGCCAUGUCCCUCGACUGGUGCACUACAGGCGCCCUGGUGGUUCUGGCAACGUGGCUGCUGUGGAAGUACCUGUCGUGGAACCACGGCUACUGGCAGAGAGUGGGGGUUCCCUGCCCAGAACCAUCUGUGCCAUUUGGGAACAUCAAACAUGCAAUGAUCGGGAAGAAACACAUCACGGAGGUCAUCAGAGACAUCUACUGCCAGAUGGAAGGCCAGCCGUUCUGCGGCUUCUACCGCUUCCGGGAACCGCUGCUCCUUGUGAGGGACGCCGAUCUGGCGAGGACGAUGCUCGUCAGGGACUUCACGUCGUUCCAUGACAACAGCUUCCACGUCGACGAGAACCUCGACCCGUUGUUCGCGAGGAAUCCUUUCUUUCUUAAAGGCGAAAAGUGGAGGAAGCUACGCUCGCAGCUGAGUCCGUCCUUCACGGCGAGCCGCCUGAAGCCGAUGUUCCUGCUGAUGAAGGAGGUGUCCGACGACCUGGUGCGGGUGCUCAAGGACCACUCCAAGGCUAGCGGAGAUGGUGUCGAGGCUCUUGGGCUAUGUAUGCGAUACACGACUGACGUAGUGACUUCUUGUGCUCUGGGGAUCAAAGGAGGCGCCCUCGAUGACCAGAAGUCGGAAAUGCUGGAGAUGUUCAGUCUGAUUUUGGAGCCCAACACCAACAGCUCCAUCAGGUUCAUGAUCACCAGUGCCUGUCCCCGCUUGGCAUCUCUUCUCCACCUGAGAUUGAUGCCGGAGGAGGUGCACAAUUUCCUACGCAGCGUCGUGGGCCAGACGGUGGCUCGCCGCCAACAUGACGGUGUCUACCGCAACGACUACCUGCAGAUGCUGGUGGAGCUCAAGACAAAGGGAUACCUGGACGGCGCGGGGCAGGUGCUCGCCGACAAGUCUUUUUUCACGGACGUGGACAUCGCGGCGCAGGUAACGACUUUCAUGACGGACGGCGUGCACACCAGCUCCACGGCCAUGUCGUUCGUGCUGUACGAGUUGGCGCUCCACCCAGACGUGCAGCAGCGGCUGCGGCAGGAGCUGCGGGAAGCUCUCAGCAAGCACGGAGGACAGCUCGGCUACGACGUCAUCCAAGAGGCCACUUACCUGGACAUGGUCAUCUCAGAGACGCUGCGGCUGUUCCCUCCUGGAGGGCACCUGGAGAAGACGUGCACGGCGGCCUACCCACUGACGACAGCUGCCGGUCGCUCCGUGACGUUGCAGCCCGGCACCACAGUGGUCGUCUCCAUCUUCGGCCUGCACCGCGACCCUCGCUACUUCCCGGAGCCGGACGUCUUUGACCCUGAACGUUUCUCACCAGACAACAAGGACCGCACCUCGAUGCAAGCGUUCACACCUUUCGGAUUGGGACCACGCUCCUGCUUGGGUCAGCGAUUUGCAUUGUCACAGGUCAAGAUGGGCUUGGCGGCCAUAGUUCUCAGUCUGGAAAUAUGUUGCACACCACUUACCUCCAAGUCUAUCGAGAUGGAUCCCAAGUCUCUUCUGACUGCCAAUAAGAAUGGCUUAUGGCUUGCUUUCCGACCUCUCACUACAUAGGCGAAGAAGACUGACGAAGAAAAUUAACGUCAAAUUGUUCAUGUUGAUUUGUAUAUCUUUGCAUGAGUUUAAAAAACUGCACUUCAAUAAAAGAGCUCACUUCGUUCGAGUUUUUCUCUUGAGAACAUUUUAUGUCUGGUUUUCUUCAAAUAGUGUAUAGAAAUCAUUAACAUCGUCAGAUUAUGACGUAUUUUUAACAUAAUGUCGGAAUAAAGAUUGCUAACUUUGGACGACAUGACUAUCUUAGAGCGUAAUUGCAGCAAAACUGAUCUACUGGUGUAAAUGAAUAAAUAACAGAUGGUGAUGAAUAGCUUUAAUCAUCUGGUUAAUUAUUUACUAAGAACAAUUAUUUUGUAACAGUUACGUUGGAACAGCUGCAGAUUCUACAUUUAUGUGUCUACCAGUGAUUUAUGAAGUUUGUUUUCAAUAGUUUAGGACUUCUGUACAUAUUUAUUUGGACCUGAAGAAGCAUUGAGAGUAUUUGAUAUAAUAGAAGCUACAGCAGAAAAUUGUUUCUGUUCCUUAGGGCUGGAUUAGAUAUUUCCCAAGAGGAGAAGGUGACUGAAAAUUUUAGUUCUCCUCAUAAGAAACCACUUAUUUUCGAAAGUCAGCUUAACAUCUGUUUUUUUCAUAUUGUGGGGUAAGUUUUACCUGAAAUGAUGUGGAUAAAAGUAUGAUUCAGAGAAUGAAAAAUCAAUUUUGCAAGAGAGUGUGUAUUACAAUGUAACUUCUUGGCUGAUUAAAAUUACUGUCUAAAACUGGUCAACAAAUGAGAUAAUGAUAAGUGAAUACAUAAUCCAUUUUAUAUUAUUGAUUCAACAAAGUGACUGGACACUUCAUGUCUAUCUGACAGUUAAGGAACACAGAAGUCAUCAGUGAUGAAAUUGUAUGGUAUACUGAUUACCAUUUAAUAUUACAACCACUAUAUCAUAACUUACUAUGUCGGGAAUAUAUUAACACUUCGUCUGCCACAUGCUUAGUGAUGGAUGUUGCAUUGCCAGGCCAAGAGGGGCUACAAUGUUAGGCGUGAGACUCUGUUAUGGGUGACAGCAGCCACACGGCAAUCAACAUAUUGAAUGAAAACUUUUUUUAGUUCUGAUUUUUGUGUCAUAUACAUAUGAAAUUGAAUACUAAGAACUUUCUUAUGAGUUUUAAAUGGAGAUGAUCUAUAUAUUCAAAUGUUGUAUUUUCCAUUAAUAUAUGAUUAUAUAUUUAUUAUACUUUCAGAAUAAUUUAAUCAAAGGCUGAACAGUGAUUUAUUUCGGUUACUCCAUACAUACCAUAAUAAUAUGGAAGUGUUUCAAAUACAGAGGUCCUUAUUUCUUAGGUAUUAUAUGUGAGAUAAAUGUUUUUACAUAUUCUGGAAAAUCUUACACUUGGUAUUUCAGUUACUCUAUACUUCUCAUUUAUAGUUUUAACACAUGUAAAAACAAAAACUUGAGAUGUCAGUCUUCAUUGGGAGUUUUUGUAGUUUUCCAGUGUUUUCUACAACUGAUUUAUUUUUACUCUCAGAGUGUAUGUAUCAGUGGUAUAUAGCAUUUGUAAUUACCAAUUGUGUCAAAUUUCCUUAAACAUUUGAUUAUUUUGAUUUUGGAUGCAAACAAAGCAUUCAUGUCUAGUUGGUAGAAGAGUAUUUAUUCUGUUGGUAAACUGUGACAGUUUUAAACAUGACUCUAGUCUGUUAAAGAGUUUUAUCUUAAUACUACUAAUAAAUAUAUAACUCAAUUCUUAUGUAAUUUUCUUCAUAUCUGAAGUAACUGCAGACAUCUGCAUGAAAGAAAUCAGAAAGCACAGAGAAUAAAAAUCCAAAAUUUAUAUCUACCUGUGUAGCUUGUUAUGGAAUAUUCCACUAACCUUCAGUUUCUUCAUUUCUUAUAAUGAUAGUAUUACUGCAAAUACAUUCAUUUCCACUGCAUAAAAAUGAAAUAUCUAAGCUCCACAGAACAGAUUGUUUCAUUAUUUUCAUUGAGCACACAUAACCAACAUAUUUUAUGUACUCAGCAUCUAGGCUAAAAAUAGUAUCUGAAACUUCUGGAAAAAUGAUUUACUGAGUUUAAUAUUGUUUCCUGUGCUUGUUUGGACUAUCUCAUUUCACGUUCCAGACAUGGCCUGAUCUUGAUGAUGUCUCUAUGAAUGAGAACUCUAUGAAACUUUUAUAUGGUUUCACAUUUAUAGUAACAAAUUUUCUUGAACACAUAUGUUUACACAAAACUUUCUAAACUUUACUGAAGAGAGAGAAUAGCAAAUCCUGUAAUAUUGCAAAAUAAUAUGACAUCUCUGUUAUACUUUGGGAUAAAAUGGUGUAUAAACUGUAACCAUAUAAGAUAUACAGACUUGGAAGUUAAUGAAUUGCUCAAUGUGUUCCUUACCAUAGAAAAUUUCUGUUUGAAGUGAAAUGAUUUUUAAUAUAUGGCCUUCAGUGAUUGCUUAUAAUAGAUGUCAUGUAUAGCAAAAGUAUCUAACAUUCAAAACAAAUUUUUAUCUUUGUAAAACCAAUAUUCUGAUUGAAUUUGGGAUAGACAUUUCGUUGCAAUUUAAAUAUAUUACA